AUGAAGAUUUCAGCAUUAUCAGCGCUGGCGCUCUCUGCCACUCUCGUCUCCGCCCGAUUCGUCGAAAAACACGAGACGGAUCAAGUCGUCAUUAACGCUGCCAACGUCCCAGACGAGCUAUAUCUGAUCGAACUCACGCCUGGAGAAACGAGAUGGGUUACUGAGGAGGAGAAGUGGGAGUUGAGAAGAAAUGGCCAACAGUUCAUGGACAUCACCGAGACAGAAGGCCUAGGUCAAUUCCACGCCGACGUCAAGAAAGAUGUCAAGUUUCCCAAAAAGCCAACCUUACAAAAGGAGCUCGUGCCGUUGAUGAAGAAUCUCACCAAGUCGAACAUGAAGGCAAACCUCGAGCAAUUCACAUCUUUCCAUACGAGGUACUACAAGUCGGAUUACGGGCGGCAGAGCUCGGAGUGGUUACUCAAGCAGGUCGAUACCUUGAUCAAAGAUGCAGGUGCCGAUAAAUACGGGGCAUUUGUGAAGCCGUUCGAACAUCCUUGGGGCCAGAAUAGUAUCAUCGCUACGAUACCAGGCAAGGCGAAUUCUACUGUCGUCGUAGGCGCGCACCAGGAUAGCAUCAACCUAUUCUUGCCAUCUAUUUUCUCUGCGCCGGGCGCAGAUGAUGAUGGAAGCGGGACUGUGACUAUUCUUGAGGCGCUGAGGGUUCUACUUACAUCUGAGGAUAUUAUUAAGGGGAAGGGCGAGAAUACCGUGGAGUUCCAUUGGUAUUCAGCCGAGGAGGGUGGACUGCUUGGGAGUCAGGCUAUCUUUUCGUCGUAUGAGAAGUCCGGGAGAGAUGUUAAGGCUAUGUUGCAGCAGGAUAUGACUGGUUUUGUGCAAGGGACUCUUGAUGCUGGGUUGAAGGAGAGCGUGGGAGUCAUCACCGAUUUCGUGGACCCUGCGCUUACGACUUUCAUCAAGACUGUUGUUACAGAGUACUGCGAUAUCCCAUACGUCGAGACAAAGUGCGGAUAUGCAUGCUCAGAUCACGCCUCUGCUUCUAAAGCUGGUUAUCCUUCUGCGUUUGUGAUUGAAUCUGCCUUUGCAAAUUCCGACAAGAAGAUCCAUACUUCAGACGAUUUGAUUAAGUACUUGAGUUUUGAUCAUAUGCUGCAGCAUGCCAAGUUGACUUUGGGUUUGGUUUAUGAGUUGGCUUUUGCAAGCCUGUGA